AUGUCAGAGCCACCACCGCCGACACAGCAGCAGUCAUCACCACCACUAUCCCAGCAGGGACGGCCGGCGCUGCGGCCGCUGCUCCCGGCGGCGGCCAGGAAGCGCGACGCGACGACGCCGGGAUCGCCGGCCAGGACGACGAGGACGGUGACGAGUCGCCUGACGAAGACGCCGAACACGGCCGCGGCCUGCGAUAACUGCCGCAAGCACAAGACCAAGUGCUCCGGAGACCGCCCCGCGUGUCGGCGCUGCGCCCAGCGCCGGCUACCGUGCAUCUACGCCGCGCGCCCCGGCGAGACGGAGGCCCAGGCCGUGCGCCGCGGGUACCGCGCGCUGCGGGCGCGCGCCACCGAGCACGAGGAGGUGGUCGCGCUGCUGCGGCGACUGCCCGAGGCGGAUGCGGGAAAUUUGCUGCGGCGGCUGCGGGCGGGCGCGCCACUCGCGGCCGUCCUCAACCAGGUCAGGGCGGGUGACGCCCUCCUGCAGAUGGCCGUCAAGCCGGAAACGCGCUUUAGAUACGUGCUCCCGUACCGCGCGGAGAUGCCCGCGGCGUGCCUCGGCGGCGGGAGUAACGUGUAUCUCGACGCGCUGCGGCUGUACGAGGCGGCGUCGGUGAUGCCGGUAACCGCGGACGACGACGGCACCAAGGGGGAACAGCGACGACCGCUCCCGCUUGACAAGUCUCCGCGUCGACAAGGAGAGACGGGCUCGCCGGCGGUGCGCGAAAACGAGGUCGCGUACUUCACUCCGUUCCACGCCGCGCGCCUGGUCGAGCCGCGCCUCACAGACGUCAAGAUCGGGCCGUGGACGCACACGUGCGACGACGAGCCGCUGAUGCGCGAGCUGCUCGGCAUAUUCCUCCGCUGUGAGUACCAGUUCACGUCGGCGUUCCAUAAGGACUACUUCCUCGAGGACCUAGCCGCGGGUCGGGCCGAGUUCUGCUCGUCCCUGCUGGUGAAUCUCGUACUAGCCUAUGCCUCGGUUUGCAACCCUAACCUACCGAACCGCUCCGAGUAUUGGAACCCAGACACGCUCGCGUACCGCUUCCUCGCCGAGGCCCGUCGCCUGUGGGAGCUGGUGGCGCGCGAGCCUUGCCUGACGACGGUGCAGGCUGGCAUCCUCUUCAGCGUCUUCUACAACCUCUCGGGCCUUGACGCGGUCGGCCAGGCCUACCGCAUCCACGCGGUGGCGCUCGCACGGGAGCUUGGCAUCAUGGACGGCCCCAGGCCGGGAGACUCGGCGCGGACGCAGCGCGGCACGGCCUUCACCGCCUGGACCAUGUACAACUGGGAGACGUUGGUCGCGUUUUCGUUUAUGCAUGUGCCGCUCGUCAAGGACGUGCCCAAGUGGCCGCUCCCUGAUCCGGAGGAGGAUCCCGACUGGUACGGCCAGCUGUGGGUGCAGUAUCCGGCGAGCGCGACGCGGGUCUCGCUGUGCUUUGAGCAGGUCUUCGAGAGGAAGACGCGGUUCCGCAUCAUCAUGCACGAGUUUUGCGAGGAGGCGUACGGCACGUCGCUCGGCGUCAACAGCUUCAAGGCGGAGGGUCUACGGCGCAAGCUGCAGCGCUGGUUCGAGGACCUGCCGGAGUCGCUGGACCCGAGGAACAUUGUGCUGCCUUCGCAACUACAGAUACACAUGUACUACCACCACAUCCUGCUCAGCAUCUACGAGCCGCUGCUCGAGGCGGGCUCCGCACCGUACCAGCACACGCCGACGGAGAUUGUGGCGUCGUCGCGGCGGUUCAUGCACACGCUAGUGCGGAUCUACUUUCUGCGACACGGGUACGAGGCGAUGGACCUGUUCAUCGUGGUCCCGCUGAUGAUUCUGGUGGACGAGUGCCUGGAGCGGAUGGCCGCCGGCGGCGGCCCGGGAGGCGACGACGACGACGACGCGGCGCUGGAUGAGCCGCGGGCGACGCUGAUGCUCGUGGCCAGGGGCCUGCACGACCAGCGGCGAAACCACUACCUGGGCGAGGCGCUGUGGCGGGUACUGCGCGGCAAGAUGCGGCGCGAGGAGCUGGCGCUUCUGCGACGGGCGCUGGGCGUGGACGGCGAGCAGGGCGAGGAGGAGCAGCAGGAGCCGGCGCAGGUGGUGCGCAGCCACUGGCCGGUGAGCGUGGUCAAGAAGGAGGAUCUCGAUUCCAAGACGCUGGGGAAUCUGUUCGAGUGCUAUGCUCACUUGAACGUGGAUGGUGAUGAGGUCGAGGAUGUGCCGAUGAAGGGGUCGGAGAGUAGAUAG